AUGGAGGGCCGAUUCUACGUUGUCACCGGAGCGGCCUCAGGGAUCGGCCAGGCUGUCACCAUUCGACUGGCAGAGCUCGGCGCCGCUGGGAUUGCUAUCAGCGACGUGAACGUCGCCGGGCUAGAGGAGACCAAGGAGAAAUCCGAAAUAAUUAGCACGAAGGUGGAUGUCAGUAAGUCGGAUGAAGUAGAGCAAUGGGUCCAGAGCGCUGUCCACGAGUUUGGGCGCCUAGACGGGGCAGCCAACGUUGCUGGGAUCGCGGGAGGAAAUGGAGAUACCACCUGUGAGACAAUUAAACAACGAGACUGGGACGCAAUGUUGAACGUCAACCUGACAGGGAUCAUGUAUUGCAUGCGGGCAAAACUCCCCCAUCUUCCGCGGCCCGGCGGUGCGAUUGUCAAUGUGUCCAGCACGUCCGGAUUGCGCGGUCUCCCGCAUAAUGCGGCCUAUUCGUCUAGCAAAUUCGGUGUCAUUGGUUUGACGAGUCCGCGGCCGGGGAGUUUGGCAAACAUGGCAUCCGGAUUAACGCUGUCCUCCCGUAAGUCCGAAACCGACUCUUUUUGUGGGUUGUUUAUACUGAUAACCUUCGUUCCCACGGCCAGAGGUCCUAUAGAUACGCCGAUCUUUCGGGACGGAGAAGCGAAAGGGUUGUUUAACUCUGAAAUGCUCAGCAGUGCCACUUUAUUGGGCCGCAUGGGUCAAGCACACGAAGUCGCAAAGGUGCUAUGCUUCUUGCUUAGCGAUGACGCUUCCUAUGUGACGGGUGAUAUGAUUUUCCUACAUUUGUGGAGAAUUGUGUACACUCUACUGGCUUCUGUCGAAGAUGAGAUGGCAGACAGGGCUGUCAGAUGCAGGUUGAGAGGGCAUAUUGUACACAAAACCUUUUUCAUCAUUAUCAGGAUGAAUUUAUCAUUUAGAUAUCCCGCCGAAAUUGUUCCGUGGCUGGGGCCACUUCUUUUGCCCUGA